AUGGCGAAUGGGGGUUUGGACACGAUGAGUUUAUGCGAGCAGAAGAGCGCCCUACAAGAUUUGACUAUGAGUCAGCCGUCAUUCGGGAUCAGACUAGUGAACAAGUAUAUUCCUUUCGUCAUGAAGUUUAUUAUCCUUUUAGCUUUGUUACCAAUUUUUACUGGUGCUGUUCAAAAAUGCUGCACAGACAAACAAUUUACUGCUAUCCUUGGUGAACCUAACCAAAUCGUCAAAGGGAACUUUCAAUUUACAACCUUGGCUGAAGAUUUUACGAGUAAAUUAAUAGCUACUGAAACCUAUAGUUUUUCACCAGGUAAUAGCAGUACUAAAUUGGUACGAGUCGUGCAAGAUUUCAACCAGAAAAAAAUGUUCGUUAUAUUUGACUCAACUUCAACAUGUACGGCAAAAGAUCUAACUUAUGAUAUGCCAAGCAACUGUGUACCAGACGAUGCAGAGUUCAUUGGCCAAUCAUACAUGGGUUUUGCACCAAACCAAGUGAAUAUUUCUGCUUUUAAAUGGAAGUUUGCAGGAACUGCUGAUUUACUUAUAAUGUUUAAUGAUAAUUGUGUUCCAGUAGUCGAGUCUAUUUCAGGAGUUGUUGGAUCAGAUCCCGUUGACAAGACGUAUACCUUUACAAACUAUAACACUGGUAUUUCUGAUAGAAGUGUAUUUAAUAUACCAGCCUAUUGUACUCAGUAAAAUAGGUUAAUAAACCGUUUUGAAAC